AUGUUUCGUCGGAAGCUGUCCAGCAGCGAUAGGCUCCUGCACGCCUACGUCGACUCUGACGAGCUUCAUCGCAUCGAGCUCAACUACAACGAGCACUUGCAGCACGGCCACAUGCUGCCAUCCGUGCAGUACGACUACGGCCGCUGCCUCAUACUCAGCCGUUUCCCGGCAGACAUCAUCAAGGGCAUCGUACUCAUGGAGCAGCUGAUUCAACUUGAGUACCGCCCCAUCGACUGCUGCUACAUGAGCGCGCUGGCACACACGAAGCUCGGCCAUUACAACACUGCGCUGCAGUUCACCAAGACCAUACUGGUCAAGGAGCCGCGCAACGUCGACGGCAGUGAGCUGCAGGAACUCAUCCACCACAAAGUGCUGCGCGAGUACCUCUUUCAAGUGGCCGUCGUCGGCGGUGUGGUGAUCAUGAUCGGAGUGCUGAUCUCCAUGGUCAUGGCGCGACGCUGA